UUCCUAACUCUUCAGGCAGUACUUGACUUUUCUGUUUUCUCAGUUGACGUAUCCUGCUCUGAGAUCCUAAAAAGGGAGCGCACUCAGUGGGUCUCAUGUGGUGGAUGCUUGCCCGGGAAGUUCUGCGCAUGCGUGGCACCAUCUCCCGAGAACACCCAUGGGAGGUCAUGCCGGAUCUCUACUUCUACAGAGAUCCUGAAGAGAUUGAGAAAGAAGAGCAGGCAGCAGCUGAGAAGGCUGUGACCAAGGAGGAGUUUCAGGGAGAGUGGACUGCUCCAGCCCCCGAGUUCACCGCCACUCAGCCCGAGGUGGCAGACUGGUCCGAGGGCGUGCAGGUGCCUUCCGUGCCGAUUCAGCAGUUCCCCACGGAAGACUGGAGUGCUCAGCCUUCCACCGAAGACUGGUCUGCAGCUCCCACCGCCCAGGCCACUGAAUGGGUAGGAACCACCACGGAGUGGUCGUAAGCUGUUCUUCAACAGACUUCCACCAAAAUGGAAAAUAAACUGUUUCUAAAAA